CACUUUCAUCAUGUCACCAUCAAUAUUUUUCUCGCCUUGUUGCCUGCAUGCUGUGCUUCACAAUAAAUAUCUUACCGCGCUUUCGCGCGGCUCGUGCACAUGUUGCCGAAUUUGACUCGCCGCGACCAGCAAACCCGGGGCUGGCGUUACGUUGAAUGAUACAAGAGUAGAUACGGCCUCACCUAGUAGACGGCGCUCCUACGACAACACUUUCAGAAUAACUAGCCUCAUGGACGGACGCGGUGCUGUACUGCCCUGUAUGAUACCCCUCCUUCAUGGAGGCCGUUCCGGGAUUCUCAUUCAAGUCGUUCUGCUUUGCCAAUACUCUUCACGUACCGUGCGAAUUUCGCCUCUCAUGCACUCUCUCAUUGAUCUCCUUCCUUCAUACUCUUCCACCUCUCUUUUUCCCGGGCGAAUCGCAGGCGUCGUCUUCGGACUUCGUCUGUGGGUCCAUCAGGCCGGUUCUCGAACCAACACCCAGGCUCUGGCCCGGUGAAUGGCUUUUGGACAAAGGCAUCGCCCUAGAGCAAGCUCCUCAGUGCCCGUGUCGUGCGGAGCCGGCUUCGCACAAGCGUUGCGGCUGUAGCCCACUGUUGAAUGGGGAGCAGGAGUCCCUCUGGCGUCCUUCUCUGCUACUCAUCCUCUUUGUCUGCUCUUCCGGGUGGGCAGAGAUGGGCGAGCGGUAUAGGUGGGAUUGGCGCUCGUUUAGGCCUUCUACAUACCUGCGUCUUUUUGUCCUUGGAUGCCGUUACUUCCUGCAGUGAGCGUGUCCUCCAAUAGAUGUGUCUCAAAUCUUUGUUCAUCAUUCAACACGACCUGUGAGGUCUGUGGCCAAGAACCAGCUGAGCGCGCUCAGGACCAUCCGGUCGCCUAAUAUGUUUGACUGACUGCUCGGACAUUGCCUAUGUGGCCUCCCUAGCGGUCCGUCCCGUCGAACCCGUCCUC